AGUGCGUAUGUGUGUCUCUCUGUUCUAAAGGAUAAUCUAGAAGCCAACCACAUAGCCGUCAUCAUGGAGGACAAUGAAAAUGGAAAAGAGAAGAAGACCAGGAAAAGUCCGGAGUGUUGUGGUUAUCCGAUAAGCAUAUUUUUCAUUGUGGUGAAUGAGUUCUGUGAGAGAUUCUCCUACUAUGGCAUGAGAGCUGUGUUGGUGCUGUACUUCAGAUAUUUCCUCCGCUGGGAUGAUGAUUUGGCCACCACCAUCUACCACACAUUUGUGGCUCUGUGCUACCUAACACCCAUCAUGGGGGCCGUCAUUGCUGACUCAUGGCUGGGCAAGUUCAAGACAAUCGUGUCCUUGUCCGUAGUCUACUGUAUUGGCCAGGUGGUCAUGGCCGUCAGCUCCAUCCAUGACAUCACAGACACCGAUAGAGAUGGCACACCUGACAACUUGACCUUACAUAUUGCUUUGUCCAUGGUGGGACUCCUUCUUAUUGCCUUGGGAACGGGAGGUAUUAAACCAUGUGUGGCUGCGUUUGGAGGAGAUCAGUUUGAAGAUCAUCAGGAAAAACAAAGGAGCACAUUCUUCUCCAUAUUUUAUCUGUCUAUUAACGCCGGCAGUCUUCUGUCCACGCUCAUCACUCCCAUUCUGAGAUCUCAGGAGUGCGGUAUCCACACAAAGCAGCAAUGUUACCCGCUAGCUUUCGGCGUCCCGGCAGCUCUCAUGUUGGUCGCCCUCGUUGUGUUUAUCGUUGGCAAAGGCAUGUACGUUAUGGACACCCCUAAAGGCAACGUCCUGCUGCAAGUUAUGAAAUGCAUUGGAUUUGCAAUUAAGAACCGUUUCAGAAAACGUGGUAAGCAGUAUCCAAAGAGAGAGCACUGGAUGGACUGGGCCGAAGAUAAAUAUGAUAAACUUCUGAUCGCUCAAGUGAAGAUGGUAUUAAAGGUGCUGUUUCUCUAUAUCCCUCUGCCAAUGUUCUGGGCUUUAUUUGACCAGCAGGGCUCCCGCUGGACUCUCCAGGCUACCACGAUGAAUGGCAAUUUUGGAGCAUUUAAUAUUGAACCAGAUCAGAUGCAGAUUGUCAACCCCAUUCUGAUUAUUAUUAUGGUGCCCAUCAUGGACAAUCUAGUCUAUCCACUAAUCAAAAAGUGCCAUGUUAACUUUACGCCUCUACGGAGGAUAACCGUUGGUAUGCUGCUGGCUGCAUUAGCAUUCGUGGCUGCUGCCCUUCUGCAGAUUCAGAUCGAUAAAACGUUGCCUAAAUUCCCCUCCAGCUCCCAAAGCCAAGUAAAGUUCCUGAACUUGGAGAGCACAAAUCUGUCUGUUUCUGUGGCUGGACAACAGCCAUUUGAUGUACCUGCUUUUGAGGCCUCGGGUGAAUAUUUGACAAUUGAAGAUGGCAACUUUACAGUGUCAGUUGAAGGAGGAAACCCUGUUAUUGCUUCUUUCCCUAAAGGAGCGAGACAAACAGUUUUAUUUGAUGCCUCGGGUCUCUUAGAAACCAUUGAAGACUUAACAAAGAAACCAGAGCAAGGAGUUAAUGACAUCAAGUUUGUGAAUGGCUUUAGAUUACCGAUAAACAUCUCAACGAAGUCUCAAAUAUUGGGUUUCAUCGCUCCAUUGAAAGUAUCGAACAACACAAGCGUUCGCCAGGGCAAAACGGACUUCAUUAUUGAAAACGCGGUAGGCAAGUGCACUUACACCAUGCAGCUCGGCUUCGGUAGUUCCUACACGAUCCUGAUCCCCAGCAACUUCCGUUUUGACACAAACUUCUGCGAGAACAUUAAGACAACAGAGAAUAUCGUGCCGAAUACGGUCCACAUGGCCUGGCAGGUCAUUCAGUACUUUCUGAUGACCUGCGGAGAAGUGGUGUUCUCUGUCACUGGAUUGGACUUUUCUUAUGCACAGGCUCCAAGCAACAUGAAGUCUGUCCUCCAGGCGGGUUGGCUGUUGACCGUAGCCGUGGGCAACAUUAUUGUGCUCAUCGUAGCCGAGGCAGGCACACUUCAGGACCAGUGGGCAGAAUACGUGCUAUUCUCUUCGCUCCUGGUGGCCGUGAGCAUCGUCUUCGCCAUCAUGGCUUACUUCUACACCUACAUAGACCCGACAGAGAUCGAGGCUCAAUUUAUAGAGCACGAGCCAGAAGACAAGGAAAAGAAAGAUAUCGAGAUGACAAAGAGAGAUUUGGUUUCAUCAGAGAUCAAACAGACGAAGAUCUAAACGCAUCACUUCGUCAUCCUCCAGCUUACAAGUGUUCGUGUCUAUUGUCUUUCACUACUGUGAUCCGAGAACUGAUUCGCCAUUUUCUUAUCGUAGUUUGACUUGGGAUUCAUCAUAGUAGAUUUCCAAUUUCCAAGAAAUGGCCAAUUCAUCCUACAAUGUUCUGAAGUGGUUUGGAAUGAAUGCUAUGGUCAGUAUACUAUCAGAUGUGUGAUU